GGGGGGAAAAAGUUAGCUUCCCAGGGCUCGCCUGGAGUUUUAAUGUGUCCAUAAGCACGCAUUUUUUUCCGCUUCUCUGACUCCAAGUGCUUUCUGUUUCGUUCUGAUUACUUAUUAAGUCAAAACGAAGUUACAUUUCAGCGCAGUGCGUUCACAAAGAAGAAGAAAACAGCUCGGCGAGGCUCGCCGUGCAGCCAGCUAGCCAAACCCUGUGUGUCAGAGAGGCUCUGCCGUGCGGAUCAGUGUCCGGAAGUUCUGCAAAGCGGGGAAAAGCGAGAAAGGCAUGAAAAGAAAGGGCUGGAGGAAAGUACCUUCGUGCGGACUAAAACAGCGCGACAUGUGAAAAGGUUUUCCCCCCCUCCAAUCCUCCACGGUUCGGACUACUGAGACGCUUUGCUGCAGUUCUUUAAUUUUUAUUGUUUUAGCGUCGCGGUGCGGAGUUAUCGAUGGGUCUCCCGACGCUGGAGUUCAGCGAUUCCUUGCUGGAUAGUCCGGAGUUCAGAGAGCGGCUGCAGUGCCAUGAAAUAGAGCUGGAGAGGACCAACAGGUUUAUAAAGGACCUCAUCAAAGAUGGAAACAUGCUUAUAUCUGCCCUCAGAGGUCUGUCCCUGGCUGUGCAGCGGUUCUCUCAGUCGCUGCAGGAGUUCCAGUUUGAAUGCAUCGGCGAUGCUGAGACGGACGACGAGAUGAAUAUAGCUCAGUCCUUGAAGGAGUUCUCUCAGCUCCUGAGCACCAUGGAAGAGGAGAGAAAACGACUGAUCCAGAAUGCUGAUGACGUCUUGAUCUCACCGCUCGAGAGGUUUCGGAAAGAGCAGAUCGGGGCCGUUAAGGAGGAAAAGAAGCAGUUCGAUAAGGAGACAGAAAGGUAUUACUCUGUGCUGGAGAAGUAUCUCAGCGUGUCCUCCAGGAAGAAGGAAUCCCAGCUGCAAGAGGCAGACUCGCAGAUGGACAAAGACAGGCAGAUCUUUUACGACGCAUCUCUGCAGUACGUCUUCAAGAUCCAGGAAGUGCAGGAAAGAAAGAAGUUCGAGUUUGUGGAGCCACUGUUAGCCUUCCUGCAGGGGUUGUUUACGUUCUACCACGAGGGCUAUGAGCUGGCCAGUGAGUUUGAACCCUACAAGCAGCAGCUCCAGUUUAAUCUGCAAAAUGCUCGCAAUAACUUUGAAAGCACUCGUGCUGAAGUUGAGAGGCUAAUGAAACGGAUCAGGUCUGCUGAAGAUGACUUCAAAGCGCCCAGCUGCUUUUCCAUGGAGGGAUUUCUGUACAUACAAGAAAAACGCCCAUUGGGAAGUGUGUGGACCAGAUACUACUGUACCUACGAGAGGAGCUCAAAGAUGUUCACCAUGAGCAACACAGAGACCAGACCAGGCAGCAGACAGAACGGCGUGGUGACCGGCGCCCCAGAGAUGUUCAGGCUACGCUCGUGCGUCCGGAGGAAGACGGAUUCAAUCGACAAGCGCUUCUGCUUUGACAUCGAGGUGGUGGAGAGCAGACAUGGCGUCAUUACUCUGCAAGCCCUGUCAGAGGCCAACAGGCGGCUGUGGAUGGAGGCGAUGGAUGGAAAAGAGCCCAUUUACACUCUUCCGUCUCUGCUCAGUAAAAAAGAAGAGACCUUUCUCAACGAAGCAGGCUUCAACUUUGUGAAGAAGUGUGUUGAGCUGGUUGAAACAAGAGGCCUUACGAUCCUUGGACUGUACAGGACGGGUGGAGUAAACUCUAAAGUGCAGCGGCUGAUGGCAAGCGCGUUUGCUUCUAGCGCGCCCUCUGAUAUGCAUCUGGAUGCAGAAACCUGGGACAACAAGACGAUAACCAGUGGCCUGAAAGAUUAUUUCAGGUGUUUGGCAGAACCGUUGCUGACCUACAGGCUGCAUAAAGAAUUCAUCAGGGCUGCAAAGUACGAUGACCAGACGUACCGAGUGAGGGCCAUUCACGCUCUGGUACACAAGCUUCCAGAAAAAAACAAAGCCAUGCUGGACAUCUUAACCAAUCACCUUCAUAAGGUUUCCUCUCACAGCGAUCAGAACCUGAUGACUGUGUCCAACCUUGGGAUGAUCUUUGGCCCCACGUUGAUGAGGUCGCAGGAGGAGACGGUGGCCGCCAUGAUGAACAUCAAGUUUCAGAACAUCGUGGUGGAGAUCAUCAUCGAAAACCACGACAAAAUCUUCGGCGAGGCUCCGGACCUGUCGGUGCCGCUGCCUCAGGCGCCGUCCUCUCGGUCGACUCCGAGGAGGAGCAAGGCCAUCUGUCUGUCGUCGGGAAAGAGAAAGGCCCGUCUGUACACUCCUGCUCUCUGCCUGGCGGAAAACGACAGUGACACGUUCAGCAGCAGCCCCGACACGACGCCGAUGGGCAGCCAGGAGUCGUUGUCUUCACACUCCUCCGAGAAGAACGGACUAUCUCAGGCCUCCCCUCCAUCGUCUCCCGCUGCUGAGUCCGGCUCCCCCUCCGCAGCGCAGCUUUCUCCUCCUCCGGCGUCCUCCGGCUCGCCACCAAAGAAGCCCUCCUAUGGGAAAGAUCACAAAGAGCCACCAGACGGAGCGCCGUCCCCCCGCCCCGCGCCUCCCUCUUCCUGGACCUCCGCGCCACUCUCCCUGGCCGAGCAGACUUCCUCCGUGUCCUCCUCCACUUCCUCUCUACUCUCCGCGGUGGAGAAGUCUUUCAACAGAAACUCAACCGCUUCUUUGUCUUCAGCCAAAGAGUCCAGACCUGCGUCCGCAGCCUCGGUCCAGCCCCCGUCGGGGGAUGGUUCCCCUCGUGUCAGGGAGGGCGGAGCUCCCCAGAAAGCGGCGUCCAUCUCCUCCCUGAGGAGCCCUCAUUCUGUGGAGCAAAGAAACGCGUCCUGUGCUGCAGUCACAGGAGUCAGAGACUCUACCUCUCCUCCGCAUCACAGCACUGCCUCCUCCUCUUCUUCCUCCUCCUCAUCUCUGUUCCCCUACCAGCUCUCCACGUCGUCCUCUCUCACCUCCCUGCACAUUUCAGAAGAUUACAAAAGCUGUCACGGAUCGGUGCAGAGCCUCGUGUCGCUGGACCGACAGGAGAGACAGAAAGCACGGAAAGGACACAACCGCUGUGGCUCCGACUUGAACCCCAAGCACUCCGCAGCCACGUCCAGCAACGGCUAUUCCCGGCCCGUCUCACUAUUAUCCGUCAGGCAGCCUCAGCGGGACAGUUCAGUGUUCUCCUCAGCGCUGGACAUCUGUCCCACAGGAAGGGAUGCAAAAGCUAUGUACUCCUGUGAGGCGGAGCACAGCCAUGAGCUGAGCUUUCCACAGGGGGCGCUGUUCACAAACGUGGGUCCAUCUGUGGAACCAGGUUGGCUUCAGGCCACAUACAAAGGCAGAACCGGCCUCAUACCAGAAAAUUACAUCCAGUAUAUCUGACAAGCCUGACGAACUGCCAGCGCAGGAAAGAAUCCCAAAUGUCUAACUCAGAUUUCAAGGGUUGUUUAAAGCAGCACCGUGUCGAUUAAAUCCUACAUCAGAGAACCAAAAACGGAGCAGCCAAUAUAUGAGCCAAAUGCCAUAUAUUGACCUGAAAAAUCAUUUAAUAUCUCAAAUUAAGCUAAUACUUGGGUCAGAACUUACACGGUGCUGCUUUAAAACAAAUCAAGAACACAUGAUACUGUAACUGUGACUAUUAUCGCUGACUACUGUGCUGCAAUAUGAGUAAUCAGCCUACUGGAGAACUCCCAGUAGAUGUUAAAACUUGACUUGUAACGCUUAGCUUCUUAGUACUUAUCAACUCUUAUGUAUUAUUAUUAUUUUUUUGAUUCUCAGACUAUGAAAAUGUCUUCAGUAAACGUAUGUAAAAGGUACCUAGAAGCAGUAUUUUUCUAUUAAUCUUGAUAAUUUAUGUUUUAAUGUUUUACUAGUCUGUCUAGAAUCCCAGUGUUGACACCUCAGUGCCUUAAACUGUAUGAACUUCUCUUAUACCCUCUCUGUCAGAUUUACUGCUGUCUGAAAACAACAGAAACUUUAAACAAUA